CAUUUAAAAUCAUAAAAAAAUCCUCAUCGCCACACAAUUGACUUUCGAGAAAACCCCCAUGGUAAUAGGCCGGAAGCACUUGUAAUCAAGAAAAACAACUCCGGUACGUGUAAGUUUCAAGAUGGCAGUUGAACGAUGCAAAAGUUUUGUAAACUAUGUUUCUUGGGCCGUGUGUGUUAUGAUUAUCCUAUCUUCGGUGAAAUUAGGUAGCUGCUUAUCAGAUGAUCCACAGAUGACAUUCGAUAAACUGUUCACAAUAGGGAUAACUGCCUAUGAAGAAGAGGACUGGCAAGCAUGUGUCCGGAAUAUGGAACGUGCACAAGAUGAUUUCAAUUUUUAUAAACAGACUAUUCUUGAUUGCAGAAUCAGCUGUAGAAACAAGUUUACGCCUUCCAAAAAAAGCGACACAGAGAGUUUGGAUAAAGAGACAGUGGAUAGUUUGGGUUUUUUGAAGUUUUAUGAACAAAUCAUUUUUGAGUCGGACUGUGUAAAAAGAUGCAGAUUGAACAUUUUUGGAGAAAGACCCGAGAAAGUUCCAAGAAAUGUAUUGAAGAAUUUUGAAAAUCGUCUUGCGUACAGCUACUUACAGUACUGUUAUUACAAGGUGGACCGAAUGGCAGACGCCACAUCUGCAGCCUACACCUUCUUUCUGAAAAACCCGGACCACCAAGACACCAUUGAUAAUAUCCAAUCGUACCGCAAGGAAUUUGGGGUCAAGGAUAAUGAAAUUGUGGACAUGGAACGAAAGCAAUAUAAGGUGUACCGAGGGGAAGGAGAGAAGGCCUACCAUGCCGGGGACUGGGACGGUGUCAUUGAAUACUUUGAGAGGGCACUUCAAGAAUAUUACCUGGAGGAUGAGCGUUGCCGUGCCGACUGUGAGGGCCAGUAUGAACAUGAAAGGGAUCCAGACUUCAUACAUGCUGUGGCAGAUCACUAUAUCUCCGUACUUCAGUGUCAGGUAGGGUGUGUCGAUGUCCUCAGCAAGAUUUACGUCCAACAGCAGCCAAACUACUUUGCUGAGCAUUUCCACUACUUACAGUACGCCUACUACAAGAAACAAUACAAUGAUCGAGCAGUGGAAGCCACAGGAACAUAUCUCUUGUUUAUACCAGACAACGAAGACAUGCAGGCUAACAGGAGGUACUAUAUACAGAAUCUUGGCUAUCACGAAGCACAUUUCACCCCUAGAAAGGAAGCCUUACAAUACUACAAAAGACAGCAAAUGAUGGAAAAAAUGUUAGAGUUUGUCAACGUCAAAUAUUUCACAGAGAUGUAUGAUGAUGAGGAUGACGAUAUUGACAUGGAAAAAGGCGAUGACCAAAUGGCUGAAGAAGAUCUGAUGAAUGAGGUUGAGAAAAAUAAAAAGAACGAUCCUAAGCUGGACGGGCAGGAAUUCUACAUGAAAAUCUUCGAGAAAAUUGGCAUGAAGAUUCUCGCGGGUAAAGAAGAUCUCAAGGGAUCAAGAUUUUUAGCGAAGGGCUUCACUCGAGAGGGCCAGUGUAUAGAGCUGAUGUACAUGAUAAGUUCGAUCGAUCCGGACCAGAACGGCAUCCGACAAAUCUCUGUAGUGGAGGCUUUAGAGCUUGUGAAGAAGGACUCAGAUUAUGAGAUGGCCCUGAGGACGUUACUAAAGACCACUGAGUUAACUCGACAUUUCACCGGACGCUUCUUUAACAAAACUGAAUACUUCAUCAAGGACGUCAAGCUCGUCUGCCGCGAUCCUGUAGAAAACAGUGCUGAUCAGGGUCCCUGUGUCCCCCAGGAGUCGGGGCAGUGUGUUGGAGACACAGAGGUGUCGGAGGGCUACACAGACAACGACUACAUUAGUGUGGCCUACCUUACGGACAAUGAUGACAGCGGAAUCUACUUCUUCGACAGGUGGAUGAGGAAACAGUCCUCAUCUUUACCUGGCAUAAAGUGUGGACAUUUGGUCGGGUUUGAAGCCUUUGACAGACACGGAAUCCUUCCAUCUAAGUCACAAAGAUGUGCCAUGGUUGUAACCUAUACCUCGGACCGUAGUCAUGACAACCCUGUCGUCCGUAUAGCCAAGUCCUUCCUACUUAGUCUAGAGAAUCAAAGAUCUGCUUCCAAUAGUUCCGUCAUUCUUCAGAAGUUCGAAAGAGAAGGUACAACAGUUGUGCAGGCUAAUGCGGAACUCCAUGGAAACGAGCGUGUCAUAGCAGACGGCCUGAUUGAUGAUGAGGCGUGCUCUGCACUCAUCGCCCUGGCGAAGAACGGGGCUAUUAUUGGUGAUGGGUACAAUGAGAAAGACAACUUUGAAGCUGUGGCGAUAUCUCCUCACACAGACAAUGAGAUAUUCGAGGGACUCACCAUUCACCGUGCCAUCAAGCUAGCUAAGAGUGGAGCAGUGAGCAAGGAAUCCGUGGAACUUUACCUCAGUGCAAGUGAACGCAGUCGUCUGUUUGUGGAGAAAUUCUUCAACCUCACAAAGCCACUGUAUUUUGACUACACUCAUCUAGUGUGUCGCACCGCUGUAGAAGGUGUGCAAGCUGGGCGGACAGAUCUCAGCCACCCUGUCCAUGGUGACAACUGUCAGCUAAACAUCAAAGACGGGACCUGUUCACGUGCCUUUCCUGCCUUUGUCCAGCGUGACUACAGUGCCCUCAUGUACCUUAACGACGAUUUUGAAGGUGGGGAUUUUUUCUUUGCUCAUUCCAACACAAGUGCUGACGUUACUCUCAAGCCUAAAUGUGGACGAAUUAUUGGUUUUAAUGCUGCCCACCUUCACGGGGUGAACAGUGUGACGAAAGGUCAGAGGUGUGCUGUAGCCAUGUGGUAUACGCUUGAUCCAAACUUCAAAGAACUGGCCAGGAUUCAAGCUCAGAAAGUUCUCUCAAGCAUGUCCAGCGAAAACAGUCAAGACAGUGAUGCGGAGGGAUCUGUCCAUGAAGAGUUAUAGUUCUUGUUUUACGGAACUCUUCUGCAUGCAGAGUAAUGAAGUCUUUCAAAAUUAUUUUUGUAUGGUCGGUGAUUUGAUCCUCGAAACGUUGAUUUGAAAAUAUAUUUUGAUACAAAUGUUUUGGAAUAAACGUUCAAUUAUUGUUGUAAACGUUAUUUACCUUUGAAUAUUUUUCAUUAUAUCAACAGUCUUUUGUGACAAAUGUUUCUAUAAAUAUGUAAUGUUACCUGUUUUAAUUGUGUAUACAGCUCACUUCAAUAUACAACAGUAGCUACUGUAACAAGGAGAUGUACACUCCUAAUUUUGGUAUUGCCGUUGAAGGAGUAAGCACAUUCAAAAGGUGUAAAGAAUUGUCUCAGAUCAAAUGCUUACAUGACAAAUUAUUUGAGGAUGUUAACGCCUGUGACAGCUGUAUGUUGGCUAGUCGAGUAGUAGAUCUUGUUUCUCUUGUUUAACUGACCAGUUCACGUUCCGAAGAAAAAGCAAGCCACUACAUGCAUGUGGUCACUUCAACUUGCAUUCUGGAAUUUUCCUUCAGUCUUCCAUUUUUUUCUGCAUUUAGCAUUUUGUAUUUUGUAUUUUUUGUUCAAAAAGUGCCAUAUUAUUUUGUAAAAGAAUACUUAUGUCAUGUUCAAGAUGCCAUCAAUUUAGAGUCAUAUUGUACGAGAUGUUGUAUCUACUUAUAUAUUAUUAGUUCACUUGGUGUGCUUAUGUUGUGACGCUUCAUCUGUCACCUAACAUCCUGUCAAUCUGUUAACACUUGCAUAAAAGGACGUCUCCACACGAAUUGCUCUGUUGAUUUCAAGCAAAUUUUGGUGAUUGCAUUUUAAGCCCAUUGGGAUCAAAAGCUAUAUCUAUGACAUGAAUGAACCUUGUAAGGGCUGACAGGUGGGUUAUAUUAAUGCCAGUCCAUUUGGUCAAAAGUGGUCAUUUUGCUUUAAACAACAUCUUCUCUCAAACUGCUGGCCAGAUUUCAACAAAAUUAUUGUAAUAGAGUCCAUAGUCAAUGAAAAGCAAAAUUGCGUAACUAUAAUUGUUAACAUUCCUGGAGGCUGUCUUUUCAAACUAAUGGGCAAAUUUCAAACUAAAAGAAAAGCUUCACAUCCAAAAAAACCAGGUGAGCUAUUUAGGGCCCCUGGGCCUCUGAUAUAAAAUGUCAUAUCUAAAACGAUACUAUAUACACUGUAUUAGGUUUUGUUCCUACUCACAGUGCCAUAUACUUAAAUAUAAACUUGAGUUGUAGGUAUGUCACUUUGUAUAUAGAUAUAUACUUAUAUAACGUGACAUGCCUACAACAAUGUUCUAUACAAUGGAAUCUCGUUGGUGCUUGAAUUUUUGAAUUUUUGUUUUGUAGACCCUUUUAUUCACGAGCUGUGAACUGUGUUUCUUACAUACAAAACAAAUUAUAUACAUGUAUAUAUAUUUG